AUGGAUACAGAGUCAACUCUCAUGCCGCUCUCGCUCGCAAAUAUGAACGAAACCCUCGGUGUCCUGUUCAUAGGGACUAUGGUUGCUACGGUGCUCUAUGGUGUAACCUUGCAUCAGGUUCAAAAGUACUACAAGCUGUAUCCCCAGGAUAUCCAUUGGUACAGAGUUCUUGUACCGUCGCUCUUUGUCCUAGAGACUGUACAUACAGCCCUGACGGCAGAUACCUACUAUUACUACCUAAUCACCGGCCAUGGAAACGCUGCGCACCUUCUUGAAUACCGCGUUUCCCUCAAGAUUAUCAUAUUGACAACGGUGCGCGUCGUGCCGGAGUCACUACCUUACUUUGCCAAUGCUUCUAUGCCUCGCGUAUAUAUUGCUUCGGAUCUCGUCACUGCCGCAACUUCGCCUUCAGGGCGGUUAUAUUUCCACUUGCAGUUGGUUGGAUUGGCCCUCGCCCAGUUAGGCUUCUGUAUAGCUAUUGCGAUCGAAGCGUUCGGCUCGUCCUCCAUCCUCAUCUCGGUGACCAACAGUUGGAUGAUUUCUGCGGCAUAUGGAUGCGCGUUCGCCGGCGACCUUCUCAUAACGGGCACGAUGGCGUUCAUCCUACUACAAAGCCGCACUGGCUUCAAACAAACAGACAGCGCCGUGAAAGCCCUGAUCGUGUACUCUAUCAACACAGAACUUGUGACUAGCGUCGUCGGAAUUGUAGUCCUCAUCUUCGCCGUCGCAUGGCCUAAAGAAUACGUGGGAGUCGCGUUCAGCUUCAUAAGCCAAAGACUAUAUAGCAAUAUGGUAUUCGCCGUCCUAAACUCGCGCCGCUCCCUGGCUGCCCGCAUGUAUGAAAUCUCUGGCGAGAUGCACACCAUCGGCGUACAUGCCAGGGUCGACUUCCCGCAUCGCACCGCAGGUCCGGGACUCGACGAAGCUUCUGAGGUCCCGGUCGUACUUGCCCUCACGGAAAACCUGCAGACAGAGAGAGGCGCGCGCAGCGCUCUCGGAGAAUCCGAGAGCGACAAGACGAAUGCCCAGAUAUAUGCUUGA